AUGCCAGAGGAUCUGGGCUCUCAAGUCGAUUCUUUCUUUCAGUUCAGUUUCUCAUCAUCACAUUUUCUCUCUUCACUGGCGCAGUCAGGUUAUCCCGGCUCGGUCGUCAUGGCUGAAGCCCCGAACAUGCCCAUAACUCACUAUGCCACACCGCCAGAGCAAGACCACCUGCUGUCGCCAAAUGGUGACUACAUUUACCAGCCAUGGCUUAGAUGGGAUGGCCAAGUGACCGAACCCAUGUACGCCCCAAGUAGCUCAGAAAACUCCAUGAACUCCCUCUCGUGGGAGGCUCAAGGACACCAAAAUCACCCAAUCAAUACGAGCGGAGUAAUGGCCGAAUAUACGAGGGCUGGAUUAGCACCUCGACCCAACGACUGGCUUCCUCCAUACCAGCAACAACAACAGGAACGACAACAAGAACAUGUUCAGCUAUACCCAAAUCAACCCAGUGUUUAUGGCAGCCCUCCGCAAUGGCAAAGUUCAGAAUGUUUCUCCCAUGCCAAUUCCCCGUCUUGGCAUCCACAGUCCGACGCACAUCCUCAACAACAGCCGGAAGUCGCACCUCCCGCCGCCAAUACAAGGGCAGGGAAGAAGUCAAAUGGCAAGCGCCCUCCUUCGAACGCUCAACAGCCUACCAAGAAGUCACGAGUUGGGAACGGGGGCAACCCCUCUCCGGCAAAUUCGAGUUCAUAUGAUGACGGCGCGCAAUGGGUGGAAGGCGAUGGCGAGGACGAUGAUAAAGAGGACGACAGGCCUACUGGCCGAGAUACUAAGAAAACCUACCGGGUCAAGAACCGUGCCGCAGCGAAACGCUGCCGCGAGAAAACGAAACAAUACGAAUUGGACCUUGCCGCCAAGGAGAAACAAGUCACCCAGGAACGUUUAUAUCUCGAUGCCUGCGUUGCCGCACUCAAGAAUGAAGUGCUCACCUUGAAGAACCAAAUUCUUCAACAUGGAGAUUGCGAUUGCGAAAUUAUCCAAGGGUACAUCGCUAGAGCAGCAAAUGGAGUCAGCUCUGCACACCGAGGUUACAGCAUAUCGCAGCCGUCAGCUUGA